AUGCGACCGGAUUUUGUCGCUUCUGACAGGACAGAAAUGGCUGAACACCUAGCCAACUCUGAUGAUAGCAAACCCGAAGGGGACAGGCAGGCAACUUCUGAAUGGAAGUGGGAAGAAGACCCAUCAAAUCCAUACAACUGGCCCUCGUGGAAAAAGAACGUGCAACUUGCAAUGAUUUCAAUCGUUGGCUUUACUUGGUGGGUGAAGCAAUGUUUGGUUACAAAUUUCCUUUCGCUGACUGAUUUUUCUAGUUCCGUUGGCACCUCGAUUGUCAGCCCAGCUCGUUCACAGUUCAUGGACGAGUUUAAUAUCUCAAGCACGGUUGCCUUCCUGCCACUAUCAUUAUAUGUGCUUGCACUAGGACUUGGUCCCAUACUCGGCGGGCCCUUAUCAGAAACGGCCGGCAGACAAGCUGUCCAUAUUAUCGCCGUGGUAUUUGGCGGUCUUUUCGCCUUGGGCGGAGGAUUCACCGAAACCUUUGCCGGGCUGUGCAUACUCAGAUUCUUGUCUGGGUUCUUCUACGGGCCUGUUUUGGCCGUAGGCUCUGGAGUCUUGAAUGAAACUUACCUGCCUGUUGAGAGGGGGUUACCAUCAACAAUCUUCAUCUUAAGUCCGUUUCUGGGACCUGGCCUCGGGCCAGUUCUGGGGUCUUUCAUAGUUGACGGGAAAGGCUGGCGCUGGACACAGUUUACCAUAGUGUUCUUCUCCGUAUUUUCUGCAAUGUGGCUGUUUGUCGCUGGUGAGUCCUAUCACCCCGUCUUGCUGCGCCGCCGUCGAAAGCAACUCGGCCUCGAUGAACCCGAACCGAACCCCACCUCAACAAUGGUUAGGCAAUUCCUCACUGUCAGUCUAUUCCGACCCUUACGGAUGCUUUUCACAGAACCCAUCGUGUCAAUACUUUCUUUGUAUGUGGCAUGCAUGUUCGGAACACUGUUUAUGUUCUUCGGGGCUUUCUUCUACGUUUUUGGGGCGACACAUAACUUCAGUCUCACAGAGUCAGGCCUAGUCUUCUUGGCCAUUGCAUUCGGGUGUGUUCUUGGUUGUGUGACCUUGGUCCUUUGCGACCGAUAUCUCUACCAGCCUAAAGCUCGAAGCUUUCCACCAGGCGACAUACCACCAGAGCUUCGACUUUACCCGGCUAUGAUGGGAUCUUUGGGUCUCCCUAUUAGCUUGUUUUGGUUUGGGUGGACGGCUCGCUCAGAUGUGCAUGUUGCCGUACCGAUCGUGGCAGUUGCAGUCUUUGGCUGGGGCAACAUCUCAUUGACCGUCAGCUCAAUUCAAUAUCUUGGAGACACAUAUCAUCGAACCAAUGUCGCAAGUGCAGCGAGUGCUAAUAGCCUGGCAAGGUAUACACUUGCUGCCGCCUUCCCAUUCUUUUCUCUCCAAAUGUACCAGAGGCUCGGCAUAGGUUGGGCCACGAGCCUUCUAGGGUUCGUCUCACUAAUCUUACUUCCCGGGCCAUGGGCAUUCUUCAAGUACGGCCAAAACUUUCGCCGCCGAAGCAAGUAUGAAACUGCCAAAUAUUAG